UUUGUGUUUAAUUUGCAAAAGUCAAUAUUUUCUUAAAUCAAAACGUAAAUCCUAAAGGAGUUUAAACCGAUGAGUUGUGUAGGCCUCUGGUUGAGAAUGGGAAGAAUCCGCAGAAACACAUAAAAUAUACAGCUGAAGAUCUUGAUAGAUUGUUGGGUGAGUUGCUUGAAGGGAAGUCGAUGAAUGAACCUCGAAGGUGAAGAAUACUUACAAAAGGAAGACAGGAGAAGAAGAUAUUUUCAGAAGAUUAUGACUAUGUCACUACAGCCCUUCACAGCUUCAAUCCAACAAGCAUCUCUCGAACAUCUCCAUAAGCUUAGUCGAGAUUAGUUUCUGUACAAUGGCACCCGAUGACAAUCCUUUCUCCAUGUCGACCAUGUCCAAUGCUUUACAACGUAUUCGAGUCUCUGGUUCCAUUCCCCCUCCGGGAUUCGCCCCACGCGCCUCCUCCGACGUAUCAGAUACGCGCUUCAAACGGCUCUUUAACCUAAUGACUAGCUGCGAAGACGUGGGACAGUUUAAGGAUCUGAUCUCAACGUUUGACCAAAGUGAGCUUCAGAGGAUGGCGUCGAUGCUGACGUCAGACUCCGACUACUUCAUGGAGGUCAUCAGAAACAAGUACGGGUCGAGACGCGUGCAGAGGCUCCUCGGAAUAUCGGAUGACGUGGACUCGUUAUUCUGCGAUGCUAUCUUGCAACGCUUCUUCGACAUCAUGACAGACAAGUUCGCAUCCUACGUGGCGACUCGAGCUGUGGUCGUUUUCGACCGGGUGAAGAAACAUGUAAUGUACAAGAACGUUCUCUACUACGCGCUCGACAUAGCGCGUAGCCAACACGGAUGCGUCGCGCUCAACGAGGUCGUAACCGACGCGGAUGAUCCCCUCUUCAGGAACCGGCUACUAGACGUAGUCGCGCGCAACGCUCUCUUCCUAAGCAACGAUCCUUGGGGGAACUUCGUGGUGCAACACGUGCUUAAACUGUAUGACUUGCGUUGCAAGCGCAACGUGGCGGUUAUUCUUCGUGGGCACUGUGUUGAUCUGUCGUUUAAGAAGUACGGAAGCUACAUCGUGGAGAAGCUCUUGGAGGCUGAGGUGUCGAUGGGUGUGGUGGCUGUGGAGCUUUUGAAGUGCGAUGGAGAUAGGUUAAUGAGGCUGGCGAGGAGUGAGUUUGGGAAUUUCGUGGUGCUCACGGCACUGAGAGUCACGCAGGAGAUGAACAGGAUGGAUUUGUUUUCGGACUUGGUGCAGAAGCUGAUGCCCCAUCGCCAUCUUUUGCUUGGGUCUCACGGAAAUAAUAUUGCAAACGUAUUGGAGACAAGAAGAUGCUCAAAUUAAAAGUUCUCGAAUGUUGUAUGGUUGAUUGGUGAAUCCUGGUUUAAAGUAGAUUGUCAUUGAUUUUUUUUUGUACAAGGAUCCUGGUUUAAUUCAAACAGUGGAUUUUUUUAAUUAAACAACACUUGCAUGCAGUAAUUCUAACAUUAUACAAUUUUCAGAACUAUUAAUGAUAAAUUUGUAGGAAAGAUUCAGCAGUAAUAUUCCGAUUGCUUUUUUUAUAUAUAUGAUUUUGCUAUAACAAUUAUAUUUUGUAUAAAACUGUUUUAGAGAAAAACUUUAUUGUCUAUAGAACUAAAUUGAGUUACAGUUUUGAAUAAGAAAACAAAUAAGAGGCGGCCUCUCUAACCAACCAGUGGACUUGGACGCUUACAUGCAUCAACAAGGCAAC